AUGAAAGCGAGUAACUAAGCUUCUAACUCAAAUAACUUCAAACUUAGAAUUUUCUUGAAAUCCUAAUCUAAGGGAGAGUCCUCAUCCAUAUAUCCAAUUUUAGAUUCUUAGAAAUUAGUUUUUGGUGAUGAUGAAAAAAAUCAUAAAAAACUAAAACCAUUAAUUUUAUAUGAAGAUAUAUCUGAUAGGUAAAAGUCCACUACUGCUUCAUCAAGUUCUUCACAAUUAAAGAAAAUUACUAAAAGGAUAACUCAGUCAAUAGAUAAAGAAAUAAACCCAGAAAAUCCAUUUAAAUUUUAUUAAAUAAUUGAUAAUUAUUAUCAACAAUAUAUAAAUUUACCUUUUAAGAAAGAUAGAUUUGGUUCUUAAGAAAAAAACAUAAAUAAAAUUUAAAGACUAUAUACAGAAUAAAGUGAAUUUAAAUAAAAUAAAUAAAAACCAAUAAAAUUACAUUUAACUUAAUCCAAAUAUUAAUUUAAAUAGGAAUUUAUUAAUGUAAAAGAAAAAAUAUUAAAUUAAUGCAAAAAAAAUAUGAAAAAUAUCCAAUAAUAAUGA